AUGAGCUCUUUACCGGUUGAGCACUCAACUGCCGAUUAUUCAGACGGUACCCGGGCGACCAAUUCGAUAGUGGAACGCGGUCAAGCACAACCUGCGCAUAAUUCGCAAAAUGUGUACGAAACAUACGAGGAGGAGUAUGAUACCAGUAAUCCACGCCGUGGUAUAGCCAUCAUCUUACACCAUGAGCAAUUUGAACUGAUGGAUAGACGGGAAGGAAGCCGCAGAGAUCGCGAUACCGCCAUCACGGUCCUAACUAACAUGCAGUUCGAUGUCCGCGUGUACGACGAUCUGCGCUAUGGGGAGCUGCACAGGGUACUGGAACAACUGGCCGGCGAGGAUCAUUCCGGUAGUGACUGUUUGCUGGUAAUGAUCAUGACGCAUGGGGAUGAUGACGUGCUGUAUGCCUACGACCGCGGGUAUUCAGUCGACGUGCUGUUUGAGCAGUUUAUGGGUGAUGCAUGCCCGACGCUACUCGGCAAGCCAAAGCUGUUCUUCGUACAGGCCUGCCGUGGGACGGAGUUUGAUAAGGGAGUGAAGUUGGGUUGUGCCGAUCUCGAUACGGAUAACUUAACGGCCCACAAAUAUGUUAUACCGACAACGGCCGAUUUGUUGGUGAUGUACUCAUCCUACAAGGGGCAUGUUUCGUGGAGAAACACUUUAGGAGGUUCUUGGUUUAUUCAGGCGCUGUGCGCCGAGCUGGAAAUCAGCUGGCGACACAUGGAGCUGCUGCAGCUGCUGACAGCCGUCUCACGCAGGGUUGCUUAUGAUUAUCAAUCAAACGUUCCGCAGAGAGAAACGAUGGAUGCGAUGAAACAAAUGCCUUCCGUUGUGUCGAUGCUAACGAAGCUUGUUUAUUUCCCUGUGAAGAAAGAGUUGCAAUAA